CGCUCUCAAGAUGGCGACCUCUCUGGGAUCCAACACCUACAAUAGGCAGAACUGGGAGGAUGCGGACUUCCCCAUUCUGUGUCAAACGUGUCUUGGAGAAAACCCAUAUAUCCGAAUGACCAAAGAGAAAUAUGGGAAGGAAUGUAAAAUCUGUGCCAGACCAUUCACAGUGUUUCGUUGGUGCCCCGGGGUCCGCAUGCAUUUCAAGAAAACUGAAGUGUGCCAAACUUGCAGUAAAUUGAAGAAUGUCUGUCAGACCUACCUCUUGGACCUGGAGUAUGGGCUGCCCAUCCAGGUUCGUGAUGCAGGAUUGUCUUUUAAGGAUGACAUGCCAAAGUCAGAUGUCAACAAAGAGUACUACACACAGAAUAUGGAGAAAGAAAUUUCUAACUCUGAUGGAACACGGCCAGUUGGCAUGUUGGGGAAAGCCACCUCCACCAGUGACAUGUUGCUCAAGCUGGCCCGGACCACACCCUACUACAAGAGGAAUCGACCCCACAUUUGCUCCUUCUGGGUAAAAGGAGAAUGUAAGAGAGGAGAGGAAUGUCCAUACAGACAUGAGAAGCCAACAGAUCCAGAUGACCCCCUUGCUGAUCAGAACAUUAAAGACCGAUAUUAUGGUAUCAAUGACCCUGUGGCAGAUAAGCUUCUAAAGCGGGCUUCAACAAUGCCUCGUCUGGACCCACCAGAGGACAAGACUAUCACCACACUGUAUGUUGGCGGUCUGGGUGAUACCAUUACUGAGACUGAUCUAAGAAAUCACUUCUACCAGUUUGGGGAAAUUCGGACGAUCACUAUCGUGCAAAGACAGCAGUGCGCAUUCAUCCAGUUUGCCACGAGGCAGGCUGCAGAGGUGGCUGCAGAGAAGUCAUUUAAUAAGUUGAUUGUCAAUGGCCGUAGACUCAAUGUGAAAUGGGGAAGGUCCCAAGCAGCCAGAGGAAAAGAAAAAGAGAAGGAUGGAACCACAGACUCUGGGAUCAAGCUUGAGCCCUUUCCAGGACUGCCAGGAGCUCUUCCUCCUCCUCCUGCAGCAGCAGAAGAAGCCUCUGCCAACUACUUCAACCUCCCCCCGAGUGGUCCUCCAGCUGUGGUGAACAUUGCACUGCCACCACCCCCUGGUAUUGCCCCGCCCCCGCCCCCAGGUUUUGGGCCACACAUGUUCCACCCAAUGGGACCACUCCCGCCUUUCAUGAGGUCUCCAGGACCAAUCCACUAUCCUUCUCAGGACCCUCAGAGGAUGGGCGCUCAUGCCGCAAACACAGCAGUCCCUAGCACAUUAUCACCACUCCGGGGCUUUACAGAAGAAAGGGCGCUUAAAAAUCCCAGUACAUGAAUCUUGGAAUAAAUAUAUUUUUCCUUCCUUUGUAGUUUCCAUGGUAGCUGAAUGUGUUCAGAUGUGGGCAGUCGGAGAACGACAGCCGUGCUUCCCUACACGUAUUCCAAGGAUUGAUGGACCUCAAAUAAGCUGCCAUUAACACAUCUGGUUACUACUAUAACAUUACUAAUCAAAUUUAAUGCCUGUUCUCCUUACUUCUAUGGCGAACAAGCAACUGGGUGAAUUGGAAUGUCUAACGGAGUUACCAUCCCAAUUGUAUGUUCAUUUUGUAUCUUUUUUGGGGGGAAAAAAUUGACCUGCAGUAAAA